AUAUAAACAACGUCCAAAAUGGCGCAGUGAUGUCAGAAUUUUUUCUUGGAUCAAAAUAAAUGAAAAAUGACUGACUAAAUCCUGUUUUUAUUGUUAUCGAACUAUUUGUAUCGCAAAUAAACACCAAGAUGUUGGACCUAGAGGUAGUUCCAGAGCGAUCGCUUGGGAAUGAGCAAUGGGAAUUUAUUUUAGGCAUGCCUGUAGCUCAAUGUGUACAGAUCCUAAAACGUCAGUGUCGAACUAUUCGURCAGUACAAGUGAUGUACAGUGAGGCAAAUCCUUUAGCUAUGGAUCUUGUCUUGAAUAUGCCUAACGAUGGUAUAAGACUGGUUUUUGAUUCAGUUAGCCAAAGGCUCAAGAUCAUUGAAGUUAACAAUAUGAGCAAAGUAAAACUGAAGUAUUGUGGAGUUCACUUCAAUUCUCCUCAAGUCCAGCCAACCAUUGAACAAAUUGACAUGUCAUUUGGAGCCACGCACCCAGGAGUCUACGAUCCAAGCCUACAGCUGUUUAUUCUCAACUUCAGAGGAUUGUCAUUUUCAUUUCCAAUUGAUUCCAAAUUUGAGCCAUACUACACACAUGGCCUGGGUUCCCUUAAGUUCUCCUCUGGUGCAUCACCAACUGUCUCACGCAUGUCCAUUUACCAUGGCAAUAGCAUUGCUGAUGCAAGGGCACCACCUUUCCCUUUACAAUGUUUCCAUGGAAACUGCUUUGCUGACAGUGUCGAGAUCAUAAGAGAAGAUGAGGAUGUCAAGGGUUUAAAGCUCUUCUUAGUUGCUGAAGGGACUGGUCCUGGAAAGAUAUUAGAGUUAAGAAGAAGAACAUUUGAAAGGAUGGUAGUGUUUGGAGAUUCUUGUCAGGAUGUGAUAAGUGCACUUGGAUCACCAUGUAAGGUUUAUUACAAAGCAGAAGACAAGAUGAGAAUCCAUGCACCAUCUCCACACAAACUAGCGCAGUCCAAAAUGUCUGAUUACUUCUACAACUACUUCACCUUAGGCCUGGACAUUUUGUUUGAUGCCUGCACUCAUCAAGUCAAGAAGUUUAUCUUGCACACUAAUUUCCCAGGCCACUACAACUUUAACAUGUACCAGAGAUGUGACUUCAAAAUUCCCAUCAGUAGGGAGCCAAAAGUUUCAGGAUUCGAAGAUGAAAAUUGUUUGGUUGUGACACCAAGUAGUAAGUGGGACAGUGUACAGGAUUACCUUGGUAAACCUUUGGAAGCACCAGUUGUCCUAAACAGGGCUUCAUCCACCAACACAACCAACCCUUUUGGCUCAACAUUCUGUUACAAUCUCCAGCAGAUGGUAUUUGAGGUGAUGCCUAACAACCAUAUUGCAUCAUUAACUCUUUACCAAAGCCCAAAGUGAAUUCAAGAUAUCCUACAAGCUUCAGUGCAUUACAGUUUACGGCAAGACGACAGUCACAUGAUGUCUUGAAUAUAAGAUUGAACCCCCUUACAAAGAAGGCAAUAUUUAAGGUUUUAUAAACUUCAAAUAAUAUAAAAACAAAAUUUUACGGCUCUAAUUAGUUACUAGCUUUGACAUCUAAACUAAGUUUUAAUUAAAUUCGAAAACAUUAAUUUAGUCUAACAUGAUGUUACAUUAUUAAAUAAUCAUAAAUACUAAUAAUAUAACUAACAUGUCUUAUUGUAAUAAAACUGUAAAUACACUAUGUACAUAAUAUAUGCUUGAAACAUGUUUUCUGAACCAGUAAUAAAAAUCUUUGGUUGUC